AUGGGAGAAGAUCAGACCUUUCGUUUCAUUGUGGUGGGUGCUGGUUUUGGAGGGUUGGCAUGCGCGCUUGAAUUGCAGCGUAAAGGCUGUGAGGUCCAUGUUGUAGAAAAGGAAAAGGGGCUGUCAGAGACAGGCGAUGUGAUUAUAAUCACUGCCAAUGGCACAACGGUUAUAGAGAAAUGGCCCACCGUGUGGGAAGACUUGAAGGAGACCUCAUCCAAAAUGGAGGCUCUUACCCUCCGUGAUGAUGCUGGAAAACUCCUACUUAUCCAACCAUGGGAUGCGGAAUACAACGGCCACCUAAGUAAGGCAAUGCAUGCGGAAGCAAUCAAGCAAGGAAUCAAGUUCACAUUCGGUGUAAAGGUCUCAGAAUAUUGGGAGGAUGGCAGCAAGGCUGGAAUUAUCGUCAAUGGGGAGAAAAUUGCAGCAGAUGCAGUUGUCGGGGCAGAUGGAGUGUACAACAAGGCGCGAACAUAUGUCACAAAGACCCCAGAUACUCCGAAGCGGAGUGGCUUUGCCAUAUACCGGUCAUGGUUCCCUCUAGGCCGCCUUCUCAACGACCCUCUGACCCACGAUCUUGCAUCACCGGGAAAGGACGCCACUCAUGUCUGGAUCGGGUCAGACGCACACGCAAUUGUGCAUAUUAAUACGAGCCUACGCCAUAUUGGGGCAUUCAUCACCCACAAGGAUACAUUUACUGUCGAAGAAUCAUGGAGCUACCCAGGCAAAGUCAAAGACAUGCUCGCAACUGUGGAAGGAUGGGACCCAGUCCUGCGUGCUAUAUUUUCGAAAAUUCCCGAAGAUGUUCUCAUCGAUUUCAAACUACUCUGGAGAGACCCUGUGAAAAAAUGGGUAUCCGAUAACAAACGAAUUGUCAUUAUGGGCGAUGCUGCCCAUCCACAUCUGCCAACUUCCGGCUCCGGCGCUGCUCAGACUCUAGAGGACGCAGGUGCAUUAGCUGCUCUGAGAACCACAGCAACCCAGCGUUUGGGAUGGGAGACUCGUCAUAGAUGGCACCAGACGGAUUGGGAGACGGUUCAAAAAGAUCCCGAGUUCAUUAAGAUGCCCCAGCCAGACUGGCUAUACGGAUCGGACGCAGAAGCCUAUUCGUAUGAGAACUAUGAUGCAGUUAUCGAACACCUGGAGAAGGGGGUGCCAUUUAAGAAUACUAACUUGCCUCCUGGUUAUUAG